AUGUUCAACUUCUCCUGGAACAACCUCCUCAACCGCAUCAAGCGGCUCGACGUCCAAUAUGGUAAGCCCAAAAAGGAAAUUCGGCGCAGGGACACCAUUGUCCCCAUCGCCAUUUCAUCGCUCUCCCUAUUCUGCAUGUGGGGUCUGGCCUACGGCCUCCUCGACAUCAUGAAUUACCACGUUAAAGUAGCGAUGGGCAUCGACCGCCAGAAGGCCGCGAUUCUCGCAGCCGGCUACUACGCGGCAUAUAUCCCUGGCGCUCUUCUUAUUGGCGGCCCUCUGGUCAAAACCUGUGGCUACAGGGUUGCCAUGGUCGCUGGACUUUUCGGCCUUGCUCUCGGCGACCUCUUCAUGUCUGUCGCCGCCCAGAACUGCAGUCUUGCCGGGAUGGUGGCCGCCAUGUUCGUCAUCGGUCUUGGUGUUUCAACCUUGGAGCGUUCCGCCAACCCAUACGCCGUGAACUGCGGUCCACGCACUCAGGCGACCCUACGCAUCUUGAUCGCCCAGGCCUGGGCAGGCAUCGGUACGGUCGUGGCACCCUUCCUGGCCAACGCCUUCGUCUUCAACCCAGACACAUCCACCCGCGCACCGUUACCGGACCCGCUCCGCCCGGGCAAAUGCCUCAUGCCGACUGAGGACAAGAAUGCCUCCUGCGCCAACCUCGGUAGCGUCAUUGUCUUCUACCGUGCUCUUGGCGGGUGCAUUUUUGGUCUGAUGGCCUUUAUCGCCGUCAUCUUCUUCCGCACAACUUGGGUCCCUGAGGUCGAGGUCCCCUCUUCGCCGCCCGUCUCCUGCGGCUGGAAGAAAUGGAAGCACCCGCUGUUCUCGUGGCGGUAUGCUCGCAUUUGGUGGGGCGUUGCUGCCAAUUUCGUCAAUAUCGGCUGCCAGGUGACCUUUGCACAAUUCUUUAUCGAGCACAUGAAGGUCAACGCUUGCGCCAGCGACAAUUGGGCCGCCACAUGCAUGUCCAUCGCCCAAGUUGCUUUCGUCAUCGGUCGCUUUGUCGCUGCAGGACUGGUGACAUGCCCCAGGAUUUUCAAACCUCGGUGGGUUCUGGCAUGCUUCAUCGCUGGUGCUAUCGCGACUACCGCCGCCGGAACCGCCGUCACUGGCAAGACGGCCAUUGCUGUGGCGGUUAUGGUCAUGUUCUUCGAAGCGCCGUCUUUUCCGAUGAUCUUUGAGGGCGCGACCGCAUCGUACGAGGAGUGGACGCCGACAUGCGAGACUUUGAUGAUCGUCAGCAUCUCCGGCGGAGCCCUGCAGCCUCCAUUGAUGGCUCAACUGGUCGAGGCGGUCCGCAUAUCAAAGGCCUGGUGGCUGACUGCCGCAUGCUUCGUGCUGGUCUUCACAUACCCGCUGGCCACGAACUUGAUCCCUUCGUUCAAAAGAGCGCUCGACACCGCGGAAAUCGGUUUGGCUGAUGGUGCCGAGGAAGUCAAGCCACAAGAUCGCCCCUCCUCUUCCGAGACUGCAUCAGUACAGCAUAAAGAGGCUGUUCUGACGGGCAUAGAGCCCACAUUCGACGGACCGGCUGCACGUGGACGCAUGGGGGGACCGCCCGGGCGUGAGGAUGAUCUGGUGUGA